CUGCACUUUCUGUUCAGAGGUGUCAGAAACCCACAGUCAGCCAUUGAAAUAACACCAAGUACUCCAACUCUCCAUCUACUCUCGUUAACCGUGUCUUUCAUUUUGUGCCUGUAACGAAGAUGUUUCGGGGAUCUCUGAUCUUGGUCGCUCUACUCUUGAACUUCAGCAUGGCAGAGGCCCAAGUGCCAGACGGGAAAGUGUGUUAUAUCCUGGAUGGGAUUCUCGUGAUCUACGGCGUCAUUCUCACCAUCUUGUACUGCAGACUGAGGAUGCAUCCCAUCUACAUAAACAAUGGCGGACCUCCACAGGUCACUGGCGGGUAUCCACAGAUAACAACGCAGAUAACAGCUCUCGUAAUUUCCAUUUUACAGAAAGGAGAGGGACUUUACGCCGGUUUGACCCAUAAAGGUCAGGACACCUAUGAGACCAUCAAGGUGCAGAAGAAAGCGAUGCUGGUGUGAUAGAGGAAAAAGACAGUAGUGUGAGUGGUGGUAAACAACAAACCACAACCCUGUCUUACAUGGCAUUUAAAUGAGUUUAGAUCUAUAUGACUGCUUGCUUUCCUUUCCUUAGGUUAGGUUGGGCCAGUAGUGUUGGUGGCUGUUGACUGGGGGCCCGAGAUGGGCAGUGUUUAAGAUGCAUUUUGGUUAUUCUGUAAAGCAGCCCUAACACUUUCUAUAAUUGACUAUCAAUUAACUUGUCAUUUAAAGAUUAAAUGAUUCAGAAACUACCUUAAA